AUGGCGCUGGACCGCUUCCUCCUCGUCCCGAAGUCGCCCCUGCUGGCAAUCUACGUCCACAAGGUGGGGCUGGCCCGCUUCCUCGUCCUGAUGCUGGUGGAGAGGCUGACAGUGCCUCCGUGCGUGUCCCUCCUCUGGGCCACCUUCGUCCACAUGGUGCUGGCCCGUUUCCUGCUCCUCCUGGCUCUGCCGAGAGCAGUGGCCCCAUGCGCGACCACCGCUCCGACGAGCGUCAUGGCGAAGACACCCCUCUGCGCGAACCUCUUGCCGCUGCUGCUGCUGGUGGAGAUCUACGCGCUCCCGAAGAGCCUCCCGGAGAGAAAGCGCAUCUGCGCGAACCUCUUGGCGCCGCCGGUGGUGCCCUGCCUGCUCCCGAUCAGAUUCAAUGUGAAGACGUUCGGCACUGGCCUCCUGAUGCCGCCGCAGGUGAAGACGCCCCCCUGCACGAUCCUUUCGAUGCUGCCACUGGUCGCGACAUGCAUGCUCCCGACGCGCCUCAUGGUGAAGAGACCUCCCUGCGCGUACUUCCUGCUCAUGCAGCUGGUGGCGAUCGGCGCGCCCCCGAAGAGCUACAAGGCGAAGGCGCUCAUCUGCUCGAUCCCCCUGAUGCUGCCGCUGGUGGCGUCCCGUAUGCCCCUGGGCAGUUUCACGGUGAAGACGCCCUGCUGCGCGAAGCGCAUGCUGCUGUCGCUCGUGGCGACCUGCCUGUGCCCGAAGAGCUUCCUGGCCUGCGCCAACGUCGACCUCCUGAAAAACAGUUUGGCGAUGUGCACGACCUCGCUCCUGACGGGCUUCAUGGUGAUGCUGCUCCUCUGCGCGGGCCCGCUGCUGGCGUCGCUGGUGGCGAACAGCAUCGUCCACCAGUUCUGCUGCCCGCACCUGCUCCUGAAUAGCCUCAUGGUCUCGAUCGCGCUUCUGCUGCCGAGGGUGCUGAACCCGUCUGGAAUUUGGCAUGGUGGGAUGACGAUGACGACGGCCCGCUCUACCUGUCGCUACUUGCUGAAGCUGGUGCUGCGGGUGUCGGUCCUCCGUGUCGCGUGGUCGAUGCUGCUGAUUUCGAUGGUGCACCUUGUCUUGAUGCCCGUUCAGCCCCUCAGCCCGCUGGUGUCUUGCCAUCUGCUGUGCGACGGGUGCGGGAUGAAGAAGGUGAUGAGCUCCAUCAUGGGCGCGUGA